AUGGUGCCGUCGGCGAUGUUCUCCGCCGGCGUCUUCGAGGCGGUGGUGGCGCUCGCGUUCCUGGUCGUCAACACUCCCGAAGGUAUUUUCUCCUUCCACCACGGCAAGGCGCUCGUCGUCGUGUACUACUGCAUCCUUACGGCAGGGGCCAUCGUCGGCUCUGCGACGGCCUCUGCUUCUUUCUGGGUCGCACGCGAUCUCGAAGGCCGGCAUGCCACUGGCAUGGCGCUCCUCUGCGCGUGCACCCUCACUCUCAUCCCUGUCAUUGGGCUUCUCGUUAGCUUCUUGAUGCUCAAAAAAUAG